AUGUUGCAGGCAUGUGAGACUACUGGUGAUGGCGGUUUGUCAACUUUUCAAAUCCAGUAUGCCGGUCUCAUUCGCGACAUCCGUGGUGACAUCGACCCUAGCGGACGUACCGAUUUGCUCAAAAUUCUGGAUCGUGCUAAGAUCAGGAAGCAAAUUGCAUCACUUGAUGAGAAAAGCAAUUUUACUGCAAAUGCAGUGCUUCAGAUUGAUUUUAGUUCAAUAACGAUCCGAUCAAUCCUUGAUAAUGAACUGCUGCUUUACGUACCUAUUCACUUGAUUGCAUCUGUUGGCUUUGUUCGUGAAGCUCAUGAAUACAUUCUUCCUGUAAAGAUAGGGUACGGCAGUACUCGAAACUGUGACUUCUUUGACCUUGCUGUCGUAUAUUGUGAAACCGCUGGUGUGGCAGAAGCAAUUUGCAAUAUCCUGGGACAAUUCUUUUCUCAAGUUUACAAAGAAGUUGCCAGUAAUUUUGAAACGAAUGCGUUAAAAAGAACUCCAACUACCUCGUCAAUUUCACCUUUUAAUAAUCAUCGCCCUUUAUUCUUAACGGAAUCACAUCAAGAUCUGCGUAUUAGCAGCAGUCAUCCUCUUUGUUCAACAACUGCUUCACGUAGUGAUUCCACAGAAGUUUGUAUUGACGAUAUUAUAGAAGAUUAUAUGACUGUGCUGACAAGGUCUCUAACAACCAAGGAGCUUUCGCAGUAUGCAGCGUUGAUUGUAAGAUUUCGGAACGGUUCUAUGCCGAUUAUAGAACUAGCACAGAAGUCAAGUGAGUUGUAUGGACCAGAGAGAUUACAUUUACUAACAGGUAUGAGAUGCUUGCUGAGAAACAGGAGCAAAGAUGAAAUAAAAUCUUUCGAUGGUUUCAUUGAGAUGUUGCGAUUGAGCGGUAGAGGCCUGAAUUCAGAAUAA